AUGCCAGCAAGAUCACAACCAACCCCUUCAAAUCAAUAUACCUCACCAAGAUCAGCAUCUGAUCAAGAAGAAUCUGAUCAAGAAUCAACUCAAAACAAACAAACUUCACAAGGUACACCACAAAAGAAAGUAUCAAAGAAAACUUUGGAAGCAAGAAGUGAAGAAGAGCUUACUGAAAGAGAGGAAGAAGAUUUGAAAGAAAUUGGUUUGCAUUAUUGUUCAAACAUUUUAAGUAAAAAACUUUCUAAUUUAUCUCAAGGUGUUAGAGUUGCAAAAUAUGAUGAUCCUCCUAUUUCUGAACACAGUGAAGAUGAACUAACGGAUGAACAAUCUAAGAAACCAACUAAAAGGUUUGAAUCUUAUACUAAGGAUGAAAAUGGAAAGUUUUCAACUGAAGUUUGUUUUCGUGGAUCUACUGAAGAAUUUAUUACAGAAUUUCAAAGGCAUAUCAGAAACAAAUCAAGUGCUAAUUGUAACAGAAGAAUUAAUAGACGAAAUAACAUUAAACCAAUAAAUUUAGAUUAA